UCCAGACCUGCUCCUCCUCUGCUCCUCUGCUUCAUCUGAGAGAAGGGCCCUGUACGUGUAGCCAUGACGGAGCUAGAGAGUGCCCUGAACAGCCUGGUCCAAGUGUUCCAGCAGCACUGUGCCUCAGAGGAGGAGCCCCCCAGGCUGAGAAGGAGCCAGCUCAAGGGGCUACUGCACGACCAGCUGCCCCAUCUCAUGGAGCACGCCUCAGACCAGGCCUCUCUGGACAGUCUGAUGGACAGUCUGGAUCACGACGGAGAUGCCCACUGUGACUUCAACCACUUCGUGACGCUACUCUCCUCGGUGACCGUCUGCUGCCAUGAGUUCUUUCAACACCACCACGGCCAUGACCACGGGCAUGAGCAUGACCACGGGCAUGACCACGGGCACGAGCAUGGUCAUGAGCAGGGGCAUGAGCACGGGCAUGAGCACGGUCAUGAGCACGGGCAUGAGCACGGGCAUGAGCACGGUCAUGACCACGGGCAUGACCACGGGCACGAGCAUGGGCACGAGCAUGGGCAUGAUCACGGGCAUGACCACGGGCAUGAGCAUGAUCAUGGGCAUGAUCACGGGCAUGAGCAUGGGCAUGAUCACGGGCAUGAGCAUGAGUAAGAACACAGCUAUAGAGGUCUAGCUUUAGGGUUUAGUCAGCCUUUUACGGUAUUGGCUGUGAGAACCUCCAGCAGUCUCAUUGAUUGUUUCUACUGUCAGAUACAUUUGAUAAAAUAAUGCAUUUUAGGAACAUGAAAACUGACCUUUUAACAAUUGCAUGCUGCAUGUGUGAUCUCUAAAUGACACAAAAUAGAGAGCCAUUUACCCAAAACUCUUGUAUUCCAUCAUGUGUAUAACUACACCUUAAUUAGUCUUAACAAUGCCUGAACACAGCAUUAAAAAAUAAUAAACAAAUAAUGUAUUAAGAAAAUUCAGACUUAGUAUUUAGGAGUUAGGGUUCGAAUAUUAAUUAAGUUGUUACUAAGCCUUACUAAGCAUUCUGAAUAAACUAUUUGUUCAUUAUGAAUUAAGUCUUUGUCCAUGCUUUCUUAAGGCUAAUUAAGGUGUAUUGCUAGUAAAGUGUUAGGUCCAUCUUCAGUACAUUGUUGUAAGUCCCACACAUUAGAGUGGUAAAGGGCUUAUCUCUGCAUGUUUCUCUGAAUGAGGCAAAUAGUUUGAAGCAAAUAAAAAUAGUUUAAAAA